CAAAGGCCUUCUGGAGACCCCUCUCUGCCCCCUGCCACCAUGGUCCUGCCAGGUGAUCUCUUGUUCCUGCUUUUGCUCCCAGUGGUCGCAGCUCAGAUGGCUGAAGGCUCCUGUUCUGGGUGUGGGCCCCUCUCCCUGUCGCUCCUGGCAGGCCUGGUGGCCGCAGACGCUGCUGUGUCUUUGCUCAUAGUGGUGGGAGUAUUUGCAUGUUUUCGCCCACGCCACCAGCCCCCGCAAGAAGAUGGCAAAAUCUACAUCAACAUGCCUGGCAGGGGCUGACCCUGAAACUGCAGCCUUUCACCCCUGACCUCUCCUCCCCG